ACUUAUAUUAUGGGCAACAAAAGACGACAGCGACAUUUUGUGAUGCAGUCGUGAGAAGUUUAAAAUAUUUUGACAUGUUGGCAUCAUCAAAACAACAUUUCAAAAGUGAUCUUUUCGGUAAACUUCUCGAAUAAUAGAGAAUGUAAGUGAUGUAGCAUUGCUGUCUAUUAUGUCAAGGAAGGGAGACACAUACCCCAACCUUCGUUCCCGUAAAUCCAAAAUGGUACCCUACGUUCAUUCCCACGAAUCCCCUAUUUCAAGUGAAGACGAGACAGCUUUGAUUCCUAAGCCAAAUUAUAGCAAAAAAACAAGUUAUCAUGGAUCUGAAAGACGUAGUCAGCCUUCAGAUAGAAGCAAAGGAACAAAUGGUGAAGUGAUCGGUGGUGAUCUUGUUGAUAUUGAUGACCGAGGCGGUGGUAGAAGAGAUCGAGAAAUUAUAGAAGGUGAUCUAGGAACUGGAACUCGUGUUAAAAUGAGUAAUGCAGCAGAAACCAAUCUUGCUGGCACCAUGGAAACGUGUUUCAUAGAGAAUGGAACAGAUACUCAGCCACUGUUAGGAGGAAGUGAUUCAGGUGAUGAUGGUGUAGAAAUAGAAAUAGUGGUGACAGAGGACACUGGUGAAACGUCUUUACAAAUAUGUCUACAGGUGACGCUGCCAUACAUUAUUGCAGGGUUUGGAAUGGUCCUUGCAGGAAUUGUCCUAGAUAUUGUCCAGCACUGGCCUGUAUUUGUGGAAGUUUCGGAAAUAUUUGUACUAGUUCCUUCACUGCUAGGACUAAAGGGUAACCUGGAAAUGACCCUUGCUUCAAGAUUAUCUACACAGGCACAUUUAGGUAACAUGGAUAAAAAGUCUGAAAAAUGGAAAAUGAUAGGUGGAAACAUGGCACUGAUUCAGGCUCAGGCUAUAGUUGUAGGGUUUCUAGCAUCAGUGGUUGCCAUGGUGAUGGGCUGGAUACCAGAAGGAAAGUUUAAUGUUCACCACGGCCUCUUACUAUGUGCUAGUAGUAUGUGUACUGCAGCUGUUGCCAGUUUCGUUCUUGGUGCUAUAAUGGUGGGAGUGGUUUUAUUAUCAAGGCGGUGCAAUAUAAACCCUGACAAUGUAGCCACGCCCAUAGCAGCAAGUCUUGGUGACCUCACUACUCUAGCGUUGUUAUCUGGAGUGGCUUGUUUAUUAUAUAAAUCUAUAAAUACUCAACCUUGGUUAGCCCCUGUGAUGGUGGUUUUAUUUAUUUUAUUGACACCCCUGUGGAUCUAUAUAUCUCUACACAACCAUUAUACAAACCAUGUUAUUUACUAUGGCUGGGUACCAGUACUUAGUGCAAUGGUUAUAAGCAGGUAGGUUUUGUUUGUUUGU